AGCAGCGUGAGCCGCUUUCACGUGAGUGCAGUUCCAGCGUGCUGCCCCGAGUACCCCGGCUCCUCUCCUGGCUGAAGCCCCUUGAGCCCCCGCCUCAAGCCCCAUCCGGGAACCCAAGCCAUCUUUUCAGGAAGGACACUUGCAAGAUGGCCCCGGUCCUUCACUUUUAUGUCCGUCCCUCUGGGCACGAGGGAGCUGCCUCUAAGCAUCUUCGGAAACUGCAAGAGAAGCUGCCAAAGCUACAGAGUAUGGAGACUGAGCUGUGCUAUAACGUGGAUUGGACAGCUGAGACCCUCCCAAGUGCUGAGGACAUGAAGAAGCUGAUGUGGCUCUUUGGCUGCCCCUUGGUGCAGGGUGAUGUUGCUCAGAAGUCUUGGCUCCUUCCUGGCUCCAGUGACCUGCUACUGGAGGUUGGGCCCAGGCUGAACUUCUCCACCCCAGCAUCCACCAACAUCGUUUCCGUGUGCCAGGCUGCUGGUCUGAAGGCUGUGGAUCGAGUGGAGACUACCCGGCGGUACCGGCUCUCGUUUACCCACCAUCCUUCGGCUGAGAUGGAGACCAUUGCUCUGGCUGUUCUGCAUGACCGGAUGACAGAGCAGCACUUCCCUUACCCUAUCAAGAACUUCUCCCCUCAGAGCAUCCCAGCUCCCCUCAGUGGCACCAUCAAUGUCCUAGCUGAGGGUCGAUCUGCCCUGGAGAAGGCCAACCAUGAGCUAGGUCUGGCUCUAGAUUCCUGGGAUCUGGACUUCUACACCAAGCGCUUCCAGGAGCUGCAGCGGAACCCCAGCACUGUGGAGGCCUUUGACUUGGCUCAGUCUAAUAGCGAGCACAGCCGACACUGGUUCUUCAAGGGCCAGCUCCAUGUGGACGGGAAGAAGCUGACUCAAUCUCUGUUUGAGUCCAUCAUGAGCACCCAGGCGUCCUCAAACCCUAAUAAUGUCCUCAAGUUCUGCGACAACAGCAGUGCAAUCCAGGGGAAGGAAGUCCGAUUCCUACGGCCUGAGGACCCUGCACGACCAAGCUGCUUCCGGCAACAGCAGGGGCUGAGACAUGUUGUCUUCACUGCAGAGACACACAACUUCCCCACUGGAGUGGCCCCUUUCAGCGGUGCGACUACAGGCACAGGAGGUCGCAUCAGAGACGUCCAGUGCACAGGCCGCGGAGCCCAUGUGGUGGCUGGCACUGCCGGCUACUGCUUUGGAAAUCUGCUCAUCCCAGGUUACAGUCUGCCCUGGGAAGAUCCAAGCUUCCAGUACCCUGGGAACUUUGCCCUGCCCCUGGAGGUAGCCAUUGAGGCCAGUAAUGGAGCAUCUGACUAUGGCAACAAGUUUGGAGAACCAGUACUGGCGGGAUUUGCCCGAUCCUUGGGUAUCAAGCUCCCAGAUGGCCAAAGGCGUGAGUGGAUCAAGCCCAUCAUGUUUAGUGGGGGCAUUGGAUCCAUGGAAGCCAAGCAUGUGGGCAAGGAGCCCCCAGAGCCAGGCAUGGAGGUUGUAAAGGUUGGGGGUCCUGUCUACAGAAUUGGAGUUGGGGGUGGAGCUGCUUCGUCAGUGCAGGUGCAGGGAGACAACACCAGUGACUUAGACUUUGGGGCUGUGCAACGGGGAGAUCCAGAGAUGGAGCAGAAGAUGAACCGUGUGAUCCGGGCUUGUGUGGAAGCCCCAGAAGGAAACCCCAUCUGCAGCCUCCAUGACCAGGGUGCAGGUGGCAAUGGCAAUGUCCUGAAGGAGCUGAGUGACCCAGCUGGAGCCAUCAUUUAUACCAGCCGCUUUCAGUUGGGUGACCCAACCCUGAAUGCCCUAGAAAUCUGGGGGGCUGAGUACCAGGAGUCAAAUGCACUUCUGCUGAGGCCCCCCCACCGAGACUUCCUGAGUCGUGUCAGUGCCCGGGAACGCUGCCCAGCUUGCUUUGUGGGCACUAUUACUGGAGACAAGAAGAUAGUGCUGGUGGAUGAUCGUGAGUGUGCUGUGGGAGAAAAUGGCCUGGGAGAUGUACCCCCAACCCCAGUGGACCUAGAGCUUGACUGGGUUCUGGGAAAGAUGCCUCAGAAGGAGUUCUUCCUCCAGAGGGAUCCCCCAGUGCUGAAGCCUCUAGCUUUGCCCCCAGGGCUGAGCGUGCGUCAGGCUCUGGAGCGGGUUCUAAGGCUUCCUGCUGUGGCCAGCAAGCGCUACCUCACCAACAAGGUGGACCGCUCUGUGAGUGGCCUCGUGGCCCAACAGCAGUGUGUUGGGCCUCUGCAGACUCCUUUGGCUGAUGUAGCUGUUGUGGCACUGAGUCACCAGGAACUUACAGGAGCUGCCACAGCCCUAGGAGAGCAGCCAGUUAAGAGCCUGCUGGAUCCUAAGGUUGCUGCCCGGCUGGCUGUGGCAGAAGCCCUUACCAACCUGGUAUUUGCUCUCGUCACUGAUCUCCGGGAUGUGAAAUGCAGUGGGAACUGGAUGUGGGCUGCCAAGCUCCCGGGGGAAGGUGCAGCUCUGGCUGAUGCCUGUGAGGCUAUGGUGGCAGUGAUGGCAGCCCUGGGUGUGGCAGUGGAUGGUGGCAAGGACUCCCUUAGCAUGGCUGCCCGGGUGGGCACUGAGACCGUGCGUGCUCCUGGGUCCCUGGUCAUUUCAGCCUAUGCUGUCUGUCCAGACAUCAUGGCCACUGUAACCCCAGACCUCAAACUUCCUGGUGGGAGAGGCUGUCUGAUCUAUGUGCCCCUGAGCCCUGGGCAGCACCGGUUGGGGGGCACAGCUCUGGCCCAGUGCUUCUCCCAGCUUGGGAAACAGCCUCCUGACCUGGACCAUCCUGAGAACUUGGUGCGUGCCUUCCACAUAACCCAGGGACUGCUAAAAGACCGACGUCUCUGCUCUGGCCACGAUGUCAGUGAUGGAGGCCUAGUUACCUGCCUGCUGGAGAUGGCCUUUGCUGGGAAUUGUGGGAUAGAGGUAGAUGUAUCUGCCCCCGGGACUGAUGCGCUGAGUGUUCUGUUUGCGGAGGAGCCAGGCCUAGUGCUGGAGGUGCAGGAGCCAGACCUGGCUGGAGUACUGCAGCGGUACCAGAGUGCUGGCCUGCACUGCCUGGAGCUGGGCCGCACAGGCGAGUCUGGGCCCCAUGCCAUGGUCCGGGUGUCAGUGAAUGGGACUGUGGUUGUGGAGGAGCCUGUUGGGCAGCUACGAGCUCUCUGGGAGGAGACGAGUUUCCAGCUCGAUCUGCUGCAGGCCGAGCCACACUGUGUGGCAGAGGAGGAACGGGGCCUGAGGGAACGGACAGGGCCCCGCUACUGCCUGCCACCUACCUUCCCCAUAGCCUCUGUGCCCUGUGAGCCUGGUGGUCCUACCCCCCGAGUGGCCAUCUUGCGAGAAGAGGGCAGUAAUGGGGACCGGGAGAUGGCUGAUGCCUUUCACCUGGCUGGAUUUGAGGUGUGGGAUGUGACCAUGCAGGACCUCUGCUCUGGAGCCAUUGGGCUGGACACAUUCCGUGGUGUGGCCUUUGUGGGUGGCUUCAGCUAUGCAGAUGUCCUGGGCUCUGCCAAAGGGUGGGCAGCUUCUGUGGCCUUUAAUCCACAGGCCAGGGAUGAACUGAUGCGCUUCAGGAAGCGGCCCGACACCUUCAGCUUGGGUGUGUGUAAUGGCUGUCAACUACUGGCUCUGUUGGGCUGGGUGGGAGGCAGCCCCAGUGAAGGAGCAGAAAAGGCUGGCCAUGACUCCCAACCAACCCAGCCAGGCCUCCUGCUCCGCCACAAUUUGUCUGGACGAUUUGAAUCUCGCUGGGCCAGUGUGCAUGUGGGGCCUGGGCCAGCUAUAAUGCUUCGUGGAAUGGAGGGUGCUGUGCUGCCUGUGUGGAGCGCCCAUGGAGAAGGUUACAUGGCAUUUUCUUCUCCGGAGCUCCAAGCCCAGAUUGAAGCCAAGGGUUUGGCUCCCCUGCAUUGGGCAGAUGAUGAUGGGAACCCCACAGAGCAGUACCCUCUGAACCCCAAUGGGUCUCCAGGGGGUGUAGCUGGCAUUUGCUCCCAGGAUGGCCGCCACCUGGCUCUUAUGCCACACCCUGAGCGGGCAGUGAGACCUUGGCAAUGGGCAUGGAGACCAGCUCCCUUUGAUGCUCUUGCCACCUCCCCUUGGCUGCAGCUCUUCAUCAAUGCCUGGCACUGGACCCAGGAGGUAGGCUGCUGAAUAGACCACAAGGAUACCCUGGCCCAUAGCUCAUCCUUUUGAAUGUCUACUGCCCUCUCUCCUGUUGCCUUCAGAAGCCUCCCACAUGAUUUCUAGAAGCAUCUUGGAUAAACAAGAACCAAAAUGCUGGAA